AUGGUAACACUAAGCACAAUGUGAUUUUAAAAAACCAUAAUAUUGAUGUAUAAAAAUAGUAGGAACUAAAACACGACUAGAAAAAUGGAAUAACCGUAGGCCUUACUUAUUAAAGAAUAAUAAUGAUAUUAUUCAAAGGAAUUCGAAGGGUGCAAACCCAGCUAAAAACGCCGGUUGACUUGGUGCUGAUUCGGUACUCCACUGCUGCAACCAUUUCAUCCCAAGAUGACAGAGGUGUCAAUCCAUUGCCGCCAGUUUCGCAAUCGGGAAAGGUGCAGCAUUUACCCGAAAGUCAAGUUUCUUGGAUGCCCAGUCCGUACACCCUCCCCGGGAAAACCUUCAGUCAAUACAAGAAGCUGGCCAAAUUCCGGCUGACAUCUCUGGUGGUCAUUACAACUAUGGGAGGCUACGCCAUGGCUCCGGCUGCCUUCGAUCCCACCACGUUUGUGAUGUGCUCUUUGGGCACAGGGCUCGUUUCGGCUGCGGCGAAUGCCAUUAACCAGUAUCACGAAGUUCCUUUCGAUUCGCAGAUGUCGAGGACGAAGAACCGGGUGCUUGUCACAGGACAAAUGACUCCUCUGCAUGCAGUCACCUUCGCCGCCGUGUCGGCAACUGCUGGGCUGAGCAUGCUGUAUUUCGGUGCCAAUGGAUUGACGGCGGCGCUGGGAGCGGGAAACCUCUUCCUCUAUACGACGAUAUACACGCCCAUGAAGCGAGUCAGCAUACUUAACACCUGGGUGGGCUCGAUAGUAGGAGCCAUUCCCCCUCUGAUGGGCUGGGCAGGAUGUGCCGGCACCCUAGACGCAGGAGCCAUGAUCCUGGCCGGAGUCCUGUACGCCUGGCAGUUUCCUCACUUCAACGCCCUGUCGUGGAAUCUUCGACCUGACUACUCCCGAGCCGGCUAUCGGAUGAUGGCCGUUACCAAUCCGGGACUGUGUCGCCGCACCGCCUUGCGAUAUUCUGUGGCCAUUGUCGGUCUUUCGGCGAUGGCACCGGUCCUGGACGUCACAAACUACUGGUUUGCUUUGGAAACACUACCUCUGAACGCGUACUUCGCAUACCUCGCGUAUAAGUUCUAUGAAAAGUCGGACAGUGGGAGUUCGCGGAAGCUAUUCCGAUUUUCACUAAUACACCUGCCUGCCCUGAUGUUGCUGUUUCUGGCCAACAAAAAGGAAUGGUAUUUCAGCAAACCGGCCGGAGAGGAGAAAAAGAAGGAUUCCACCUACAUCGCACUAAAGCAGUCUGCUAGCAGUCUUGGAAAUGUCCUGCCCGUCGCCGUGGCCGAAGGACCUAGACAGUAACAUUAACAUUCAUACUAAAAAUGUUAAGUGUCGUUACACAAAUAUACUUAGUGUUCUGCAACUUGUAAAAACAAAUA